GAGAGGCUUGCAAACAUGCCAGACCUCCGUAAUGGAUCUCUGGAGGGAGAACAGUGCCUGGAGGAGCUCCAAGUCCCACCUUCUUCGUGCACAUCACUAAAGAACAGCUCCCUCCUGUGCCCGCUGAGCCCGGGACAGCGCUGGGUCACAGCGAGCUGGUUCUCUGUGGAGACAUGGAUUGGCUUUUUAGGCAUGGUGUCUGCUGGGUUCACUGGGGAAAAGUGCCCUCUUUUGCAUUUCUUGAAAUGUAGGUGGCAGCUGCUGCCCUUGAAGGACUCGCACCCGUCUGACCCUGCGGCGCCUCCGACUGCUACCAUGAUCUUCUGCAUGCUGCUGCUGGCCUCACUGCCUGAGCCCUCUGGCACAGAAGUCAACCCUGCUAUCUGCCGUUAUCCCUUGGGAAUGCACGAGGGGACCAUAAGGGAUGAAGACAUCACUGCUUCCAGCCAGUGGUAUGAUUCCACAGGACCCCAGUAUGCACGGUUGCAGAGGGAAGAGGGGGAUGGAGCCUGGUGCCCAGCUGGCUUGUUGCAACCAGAAGAUGUCCAGUUCCUUCAGAUCGACCUGCACAAGCUGUUUUUCAUCACCCUGAUUGGCACCCAGGGCCGUCACGCCCGUGCCACGGGCAAGGAGUUCGCCCGCGCCUACCGGCUGGACUACAGCCGGAACGGGGAGCGCUGGAUCUCCUGGAGGGACCGCCAGGGCAGGAAGGUGAUCCAAGGAAACAUCGACACUUACGACGUGGUCCUGAAGGAUCUGCGGCCCCCCAUCAUCGCGCGGUUCGUCCGGGUGAUCCCCGUCACCGAGAUGCCAAUGACUGUCUGCAUGAGGGUGGAGCUCUAUGGCUGUGUCUGGUAUGAUGGUUUGGCAUCCUAUAGCAUCCCUGAAGGAGGGACAAUAGCAGCUCCUGGCUUCCCCAUCGUUUAUCUGAAUGACUCAACCUACGAUGGAUACCAGGAGCGCAGGCACCUGUAUGGGGGGCUGGGCCAGCUCACAGAUGGUGUGCUGGGCCUGGAUGACUUCACCCAGAGCCACCAGUACCGUGUGUGGCCAGGCUAUGACUACGUGGGCUGGAAGAACGAGAGCUUCAGCACGGGCUCCGUGGAGAUGGAGUUCCAGUUCGACCGACCACGGAACUUCACCUCCAUGAAGGUGCAUUGUAACAACAUGUUCUCCAAGGGGGUGAAGAUUUUCCAGAGGGUGGAGUGCCUGUUCAAACCACGCCUGAUUGCAGACUGGGAGCCUGAACCUGUGGGGGUGGCCACAGUCCUGGAUGACAAGAACCCCAGCGCCAGGUUCGUGACCGUCCCCCUGAACCAGCGCGUGGGCAAAGCCAUCCUGUGCCGCUUCUACUUCGCUGACACCUGGAUGAUGAUGAGCGAGAUCUCCUUCCAGUCAGACAUGGAGAGUGUGAAUCCCAGUUUUGUGACGGCAGCAACAAGCACGACGGAUCUGCUGGAGACAGAGUACAACGUCACUGAGGGGACCUGGGAAACCACCUCUUCUGUGACCAGCACCUGGAUAGGAGAGAAGGCAGAUGACUCCAAUACCUCCAUCCUCGUGGGCUGCCUUGUGGCUAUUAUUCUGCUGCUCCUGAUGAUUAUAAUCAUCAUUCUUUGGAAGCAAUAUGUUCAGAAAAGGCUGGAAAAGGCCCCACGUCGGAUCCUGGAGGAGGAUGCAACUGUUCGCCUCUCCUUCUACAGCUACACCAUCGCCAACAACCAGACCCAGAUCCACCAGUCAAAUCCCACCUAUGAACGUGCUUUCCCACUGGAUUUGGAGUAUCACCAGCCAGCUACGCUACUCCAAAAGCUCCCAGAGCUCUCCCAAAGUGCAGAGGAUUCAGUGUGCAGUGGGGACUAUGCUGAGCCCGACCUGACCAAGUCCACCCCUCACCAAGGCUUCCAGAACAACGUCCCUCACUACGCCGAGACCGACAUCGUGCACCUGCAGGGCGUCACCGGCAACAACAUGUACGCGGUGCCCGCCCUCACCGUGGACUCCCUCACCAAGAAGGACAUCUCCGUGGGGGAGUUCCCUCGGCAGCAGCUGCGCCUCAAGGAGAAGCUGGGAGAGGGGCAGUUUGGAGAGGUGCACCUUUGUGAAGCUGAUGGCCUGCUGGAAUUCCUGGGAGUCUCGUCCUCAGAAUUCACUCACCAGCCAGUUCUUGUAGCAGUGAAAAUGCUGAGGUCAGAUGUCAACAAAACAGCCAGAAACGAUUUCCUGAAGGAGAUCAAGAUCAUGUCCCGGCUGAAGAACCCCAACAUCAUCCGGCUGCUGGGGGUGUGUGUGCGCGACGACCCCCUGUGCAUGAUAACGGAGUACAUGGAGAACGGGGACCUCAACCAGUUCCUGUCACAGAGGGAGAUCUACAGCAAGUUUGCCAUUUCAAACAAUAUUCCCUGUGUCAGCCACUCCAACCUGCUGUACAUGGCCACCCAAAUUGCCUCUGGGAUGAAGUACUUGGCAUCUCUGAACUUCGUGCACAGGGACCUGGCAACUCGCAACUGCCUGGUGGGGAACAACUACACCAUCAAGAUUGCAGACUUUGGCAUGAGCAGGAACCUCUACAGUGGGGAUUACUACAGGAUCCAGGGAAGAGCUGUGCUGCCCAUUCGUUGGAUGGCCUGGGAAAGCAUCCUCCUGGGCAAGUUCACCACGGCCAGCGACGUGUGGGCCUUUGGGGUGACCCUCUGGGAGAUGUUUGUGCUGUGCAAGGAGCAGCCCUACAGCCUCCUCUCGGAUGAGCAGGUCAUUGAGAACACGGGGGAGUUCUUCAGGAGCCAGGGCAGGCAGAUCUAUCUCUCCCAGACUCCUCUGUGCCCUAACCCUGUGUUCGACCUGAUGCUGAAGUGCUGGAGCAGGGAUAUCAAAGACCGUCCCACUUUUGACAUGAUCCACCACUUCCUGCUAGAACAAUUGGAAUCAAACAUUUGACUCCAGACAGAGAGACAAACUGUCGAGAACAGAGUGACUCUGGGGUCUCCUUGCCUGUUCCUCACAGAAGAUGGUCAGGCCACCUCGCUCCCCUCCCCGACUGGGCCCUAUUUAAGUUGAGACGUCCAUGGCAGCUGCUCGUUCUAUUGGCCAUGGUCUGACACACAGGACCAGAGGAUCUCAUUUGGUUGAAAAAUCAUCUCCUCUUCUGAAUCAUUUCCUGGGAAUACUGUGAGAGGGGGUUUUAUUGGAUACUUCAGGCGAAAGGAAUGAGUAGAACUCGGAGGGACUUGGAGCUCUCUCCUGGCUGGAAGAGAAGGCGCCGGUCGGCGAGAGCCACUCGAGAACAGGUUUCUGGAAGGAAAGACUUGAGCCUUCUAGAGCUAUUCCAUUAAAUCAGAUGGAAGUCUUGUGCACAUUAGCAAGUGUUUCUGUGUGCUCUUGCUACACACAGUAGCGAGAGGCCAGAAACGUCUGGAGCUGGGAAAUGGUUUGAUGGACUCGGGAACUGACGGAGCAUUUUUAGCAACCCUGUGGGAGUGACACUGCCAGGGUCUACAGAGGAUGCUGAAACAAGAGUCCAAGAUGAUGUUCUGUUUUCCUGUGGUUGUUAAGCACUGCUUUGGUUAUAUAUGUGCGUUUUCCCCACACUGGAUUUUUUUUUUUCUAGAAAAAAAAAUAAUUUUGAAAAUGAAUGUUUAAAGGGUCAUGGGAAGGUCACUGCGGUAGAAGAUCUUCCCCUGACCUACAAAUUAAGGCUAGGUAGGGAGUUUGUAUUGAGAAGUAGCUGAUACUGUACUACUGUCACUAUGUAGAUUUAUUAACCUAAUGAACUUGUAGCCACAAUGGACUGAUGUGCAAUUAAUCCUGUAUAAUUACCCAUCAAUAUGAGAUCUCUUAAGUCAAUGCUGUUACGUGUGAGAGGGAACUCAGAUUUGGUGAAACCGGGUGGCUGAGAGCAGAACCCUCUUUGUCACUUGUCACAGCUCACGGGGGGGACGGGAGCAGCUCCCGGGUCACCCCGGCACACGUGUGUCUGGGGGCACCCACACGUGUGUGCCUGGUGUCAGAGGUUCCUCCCCAGGUCUGCAGCAGGUUUGUGCCAUCAGCUGGGCAGGGGCAGCUCGGCCAGGCUCUGUCACUGUCCCCUGGCCCUGGGAGCUGGGCUGGCACAUCCCCUCAGGGGGUCUGUCCUGUAUUUCGGGUGCUCCCCGUGCAGCGCGGGGCCGGUUACUCAUUGAACUUGGGGUUGGUUUGUGUGUCGUGUCACAAACAGCUCAUUCUCUGGAGGGUUUUAGAGGGCUCUGAAGUCCAUUUGGAGUGAGUUAGAGAGUUCAGUGUGUUUCUACAAUAAAUCCAUUGUGGAUUUACCAGGUGCCUGGGGAAUACUCUGCUAUUCCCUCUUUAAUCGUUUAGCAAGAUACUUAGGACCAAACCAAACAUUUCAUAAGCUGGGAGAAGAUGAAAGCUCAGCACUUGGCUUCUUUUUUUUUUUUUUUUUUUUUUUAAUAAGCAGCAUCCAGCAUAGCAUAUAUUUCCAGUAAAGAUGAAAAAGAUAAUUUUUAUCUUAGCCACAAGCACAGAUGCCUGGCUGUCUGUGCUGCGAGCUCUGCGAGAGGGCACUGCUGAGAGAGGCAAUGUCUGAACAGUUACAACACAGGCAUGAUUGUGUGCAAGGAAAAACCCUGCCUCUGAACUGGCAGAUGCCAGGAUGGAGUGUGGCAUGGCUGUGUCUGCUCCCUGGGCACAUCAGACUCCCUGGUGAAGUUCCCCAGCCCGGGAAGGGCCGUGCCCGGGGUGUCCUGUCCUGGCUGUGUGGGGUGUCCCCAUGUGAGCUGCUCCUCUGAGCCCCUUUGUGGCUGAGCAGCUGGAGGGCCCAGGUCAUCUCACCUUCCCUGCCCAGGCUCAGGUGACCCUCACCCCCAGUUCUUUCCCCUGUGGCUGGGGGGGAGCUGCCAUUCCCUGUGUGUGCCAUCUCUCCGGAGCUGGGUGGUGGGAGCUGGAGUUGCUGCAGCCUGUUGGGCACCUGGCAAACCACUCAGCCAUGGUAUUUCUGGAGUAUUUCUGUCCUGUCCCAGAAUAUGUACCCCAGUAACACACAGCCCUGUGCUGUAAAGUCACCAGACAGGCUCUGUGCUCCUGUUCCAUCGGGAUGUGCUGUUCCUCCAGUGACAUGUUGACAUACCAAGUUUCUCUCAUAUCAAUAAAUUCUAAUGAUAACCUUGACAAAA